AUGCUGGGGUCGGGCCUGAAUCUGGUGACCACGGUGAUCGGCUUCGGCAUGAGCGCCACCUUCAUCGUCUUCGUCUGCGCGCGCCUCAUCUGCGGCCGCACCGUGCGCGCGGAGAACAACGCCGACGCCGACGCGGGCGCGGCCGUCGCCGCCGCCGCACGGGCCAUGGCGCCCUUCGACUUCGACGUCGAGUUCCGCGCCGCGGAUCCCGAUCGCACGAUUGAGCAUACCUGCAGUGGAUUGGAACCUUUUGUUGUUGCUGCGAUUCCUACGAUGACUUAUAGCUCUGAGGCCUUCCAUUCAAAAGAUGAUGCCCAGUGCUCCAUAUGUUUGGGUGAAUACAACGAGAAAGAGAUUCUGCGGAUCAUGCCCACAUGCAGACAUAAUUUUCACCUUUCCUGUAUAGACACAUGGUUACAAAAGCAGACGACUUGCCCAAUCUGCCGAAUCUCGCUGGAAUUACCCGGUGGAAAAGCUACUGCUUCCCCUGCCCCUAGCCCCCCACGGUUACUUGGCCACCCUGAGAGCUCUGUCAGUCGAUCACCUCACUGGAUACUGCCUAUUCAUCGUGAUCGUACUGGAGGCCGAGAAAACAGACCGGCCUCACAAGAAUCACUAGAAGUGGUCAUUGAACUCCAACAUGAACACCGUUGAGGUGUAAUCAUGCCAUGUUGGUGAGACUAAAUUCUUCGGUGAGGAGCACCUCACCGAGGACGAUUUGCAGAAAUCGUGUGCAUCCUUCUUGCAGCACGAUCCUUUGGGACAUAGAAUUGCAGGGGAUUUGUUUGCAGGCCUGGUGCCUAGGCGGUUAGGCAUGCUUGUAUAUCUGGGAUUCAGAGAUUGUAGAUUAGCGAGUUUCACCCCAUUUUCCUUUCUGUGGCUCUUUGGAUGUUCUUUGUGAUGUUUAUUUGUUGUAUAUUAUCAGUUUGUCACAGGAAACAGUAAUAUAGAUCAGAUUCGGCGCAGCGAAAAUAUUUGUGGCUGCUCCUAUUCUUGAGAAAUCGCCAACGCUUCUGAAGUUCUGAAUUUCAUGCUCUGUUUCCUAA